AUGCAGGCUCCGCGCGCGCCGGACGCGAGCUGGGAUCGGCGCCGGGUUGGAGCGCGGCUGCGCGCGGCGCUGGCGGGGCUGCAGGAGCUCCAGGUGCUUCGCGAGCAGCAGCGGGCGCGCGUGUGGGAGGCCCUGGGCGCACGGCCGUCUGCGCCCGCCUCCACCGCCCGCGAGCCCCGUGGCCACGAGUGCCAGCUGGAGAGGGCGCUGGCUGCGCUCAAGGAACAGUUGAGUCGGUUAAGGCAACAGGACGUGGGGCUGAAAACACACCUGGAAGAGCUGGAGCAGCAGAUCAGCCAGCUGCAGCUGGGUGUGCGGAGGGGCGUGAGCGAAGUCCUAGACAGUGACAGCCGGCCCAGCUCAGGUUUCUAUGAGCUGAGCGACACCACCUCUUGCUCACGCUCCACGUCUUCUACCUCGGUCUGCAGUGAGUCGGUGUCCCCCUCCUCACAUGGCGGGAUGCCCAGUGCCCAGGCCCUGGUGUCCUGCACACACCAGCUUGCGGACUACCGGCCACGGUCAGCUGACGAGACCACUGUGCACACAGCUCUUGGCCCCCCUCUCAAGCCACACCUCCCUGAGGGCCCCAGCAUGGCUUGCGGAAGCUUCAGACCCAGGCCUGUGUCCACAGGAGACCUGGAGACGGCUGUGCAGACCAACAGAAGCCCCCAGAAAGCAGGCAUCAGUGUCUGGUCUGGUGCCCCCCUUGGCUGUGCGGCCAGUGUCCUGCAGCUCAAUCUGGACCCCAAGUACCAGAAUGACCUGGUGUCUCGAAGUGGCAAGCAAGUGUUCCCCUACCCCAGCCCCCUGCAUGCGGUGGCUCUGCAAAGUCCCCUGUUUGUCCUAACCGAGGAGACCCAGCAGGCCGGCAGCAGAGAGUCCCCCAAGGACCUCCAUCCAGGCUGCACAGGGACAAGCUCAGUCCUGACCAGGCCUGUCCCCAAGACUCUUAAUGGGGGAGUCUACAUCGACAAGCUGCUGCAGCGGACAGGGCGCCAGGGAAGCUCCAGGAGGGGCAGCAUGGGGGAGUGGGGACCCCGUAGGUCUAGAGUGUCUACACCCCACCUGACACUUGGAAAGCCAGUCUGCUCUCCACAGAGCAAAGCACAGGAAGAUGUGACUCAGAGAGGGGCCACUUACUUGGGGACCCUGAAAUAUAGGGAAACUGUGGCCGCAGUGAACACCCAGCAGCCAGCUGGCCUUCCAGAAGCUUCCACACCCUUAGAGAGCUGUGUCCUUGGGAAGACCACCUGGCCACCCUCUGUUCUGGAACAAGAUGACUCCCCCUGCCCACCCAUCCAGCCCCCCGGCCACAUCCCCCAACACUGGGCUGACACUGCCCACCUGCCCUGGAGGACAGGGGUUACCAGGAGCCCCUCUGUGUUCUGGGGGCAGUUUGUUCCUGACCCAUCUGCUAUUGAUCCUGAAGCUAAUCCCGCACAGCUGAAAACAGGGAACCGCAAGCCCAAGGCCAAGGUCAAGUGGAGGACAAGUGACAAGGCUCUGAGGUUCCCAGAGAGGCCAUGGGGGGCUCAGCUGGUUUCUUGGGUGCCCUCAGAGUGGAACCCUUCCUCUGGGCUCCAGGGGCACCAAGUUCUCCAGGCCAGGGCAGCCACAGCCAGGGAUGUCCCUGGACGGUCUUGCUCUGUGACCACCCUCACCCCUUUACCCUUUCUGGUGCCGCUGGUGGUGACCCAGCAGAAGAGCUCCCAGACAUUAGUGCAGGACCUGCACCCCAUGACCACCACCCCACUCACCGUGUUGACUGGUAGCUGGGCCAGGAGGAAACAGCGCAGGUGGCGGUCCUCAGUGGAGAUCUCGACCAGGGCUCACUCCAGUGGACUCCCUUCCCACCCUGGCCUGGGACCCUGCAGGCCACCAGGCAAGAGAGCAGGAUGUCCCCACGGCAGACCCCCACCUCCCCGGCUGCGCCCCCGGCCCCACAGUGAGUCACAGUUCUCAGAGCUCCCAGCUGAGGGCAGCCCCCCCUUGGACUCCACCCUUGCUGAGACCAGUGAGGAUAAGGAUGGCAGUGACCACACUGCCAACUGCUUUGGGGACAGUGAGUCCAGUGAAAGUGAAGUAGAGGAGGGCAAGGGCAGCCAGGCAGUGCGCCGGGGCACAGCUAGGCCAGGGCGACCUACACGGCCUCCACCAGCUGUCCCACAACCCCCUCAGGCCGGCACGGGGACAAGGCCUCCUCCAGCACCCAGACUCUGCCACAUCAAGGCCUCCAGAACCUUGAAGAAGAAGCUCCGCAGGUUCCAGCCGCAGGCUCUCCGAGUCAUGACCACAGUGUGA